CGGAAAUGGGCGCCAAAGUUAUUCUGGCGUGUCGGUCAAAAGAUCGAGCGGAAGAAGCCAUCCGAGCAAUUUUGUGGGAAUCAGGUUCUAAAAUUAAACCCAGUCAAUUAGAAUUCUGGCCGUUGGAUGUGAGCAGUUUACAGUCCGUUGGAGACUUUGCAGCCGCAUUUCAAGAGAAAGCGGGCCACAAGGGAUUGGACAUACUCAUAAACAACGCGGGCGUGAUGCUGAAUGAGAGGAGGCUCACUUCCG